AUGGCUGGCACAUUCUGUCGUCUCUUGGCUGGCCGUGCAACCACUGCACUCUUUGCAGCUGCAGGCACAGGGGUGCUAACCACCGGCUACCUCCUUAACCAGCAAAAUGUGAAGGCUGCUGUUCAGGAGAAACGGAAACUCUUCCCACCAAGUGCAGACUACCCUGAUCUCCGCAAACAUAACAACUGCAUGGCUGAAUGCCUCACGCCAGCAAUUUACUCUCGGCUCAGGGACAAGAUGACUCCCAAUGGCUACACCCUAGACCAGUGCAUCCAAACUGGUGUGGACAAUCCUGGCCACCCUUUCAUUAAAACUGUGGGCAUGGUUGCAGGUGAUGAAGAAUCCUAUGAGGUGUUUGCUGAGAUUUUUGACCCUGUCAUUAAAGCAAGGCACAACGGCUACGAUCCACGGACUAUGAAGCAUCAUACAGACCUGGAUGCAUCCAAGAUCACCCACGGUCAAUUUGAUGAGCGCUAUGUCCUCUCGUCGCGGGUGCGGACUGGCCGCAGCAUUCGGGGGCUCAGCCUUCCUCCUGCCUGCACCAGGGCAGAGCGGAGAGAGGUGGAGAACGUUGUGGUCACUGCACUCGCUGGGCUGAAAGGAGACCUCUGUGGCAAGUACUAUAGCUUGACCAGCAUGUCCGAGAGGGACCAGCAGCAGCUUAUUGAUGAUCACUUUCUCUUUGAUAAGCCAGUAUCCCCUUUGCUAACAUGUGCUGGGAUGGCACGUGACUGGCCAGAUGCCAGAGGAAUCUGGCAUAACAAUGACAAGACAUUUCUCAUCUGGAUUAAUGAAGAGGACCACACCAGGGUGAUCUCCAUGGAGAAGGGUGGCAACAUGAAGCGGGUGUUUGAAAGGUUUUGCCGUGGCUUAAAGGAGGUGGAAAGAUUAAUUAAAGAACGGGGCUGGGAAUUCAUGUGGAAUGAGCGUCUUGGGUAUGUUCUGACCUGUCCUUCCAACCUGGGAACUGGUUUACGUGCUGGAGUCCAUGUUAAGCUACCCAGGCUAAGCAAGGAUCCUCGGUUUCCAAAAAUCCUGGAGAACCUGCGUCUGCAAAAACGUGGCACUGGUGGUGUGGACACAGCAGCUGUAGCAGAUGUAUAUGAUAUCUCCAACCUGGACCGCAUGGGUCGCUCGGAGGUGGAGCUAGUCCAGAUUGUCAUUGAUGGAGUCAAUUUUCUAGUUGACUGCGAGAAGAAACUGGAAAGAGGUCAAGACAUCAAAGUGCCGCCACCGCUGCCCCAGUUUGGCAGGAAGUGA